AUGGCUCAGACUUAUGUCCCUCAACAACCCGUCGCCCAGGCCGGCUCGGACAGCGUCCAAGACAGGAUAGAAAACGGCGAGAAUAUUGAAGAUGUUCAGCAAGCCUAUGUUCAGCUUCAAACCCGCCUCGUCGGUGCCGUCGACGCGACCAAGGAUAUUCUCUCGUCCAUCAAAGACUUUAACAAGUCUUCCUGGAUCGUUCGUUACCCAACCCUCGCCGAGUCUUCGUCACCAUCAUCAGACUCCACAAAGAAUGCCCCCGCCGUGGGGAGGGGAAUGCGACGCGCCCUCUCUUUCGCAGACGACCCAUCGUCUUCGCGAGAGGUCGUCAUUCGACCCGGCAUGCAUCGAUCCAUGACUCUCGCAGCAGUCUCGGAGAAUGAAGAGGCGCAGCACGACCAUCAACCUCAGUUUGGUGACGCGCUUACCGAGGAGCCAGAUCCAACGCUUCUUCCUCCUUCGUCCAAUUUCAAUCUCCUCAAGCUCGAUCUCAAGCUUGGCCCGACUGGCACCACCCCUGCCUUUUUGAUCAAUCAGCUCGAGAAGACUUCGAUUGCAAACUUGAUCGAAGAACGCAUCGAUAGCACGCUAAACCACAUGGACAAUCUCAAGGCUCGCGCAGAGGAUACGUCGAGCAAAAUCCUCGUCACCGGUGACCUCAAUGCCGGCAAGUCGACUUUCGUCAACGCACUCCUUCGUCGCGAGGUGAUGCCCGUCGACCAGCAACCAUGCACAGCCAUGUUCUGCGAGGUUCAUGAUGCUGCCGACAAUGACGGCAAGGAGGAGGUUCAUCUCGUCAAGGACGGUGUCCGGUACGAGCGCACCGACGAUUCGACCUUUAUUCGUGCAUCGCUCUCCGACUUGGAGAGUCUUGUUGUCGAACCGGAAAACGCCCAGCGUGUCCUCAAGCUCUACGUCAACGACGCACGCAACCCGUCCGAAUCACUCCUUCACAACGGUAUCGCCGACAUUGCCCUCAUCGAUGCGCCCGGUCUCAACCGUGACUCGCUGAAGACGACGGCCGUCUUUGCGCGUCAGGAGGAGAUUGACGUUGUCGUCUUCGUCGUCUCUGCAGAGAACCACUUUACCCUCUCGGCCAAAGAGUUCCUUUGGAACGCGAGCAACGAAAAGGCGUACAUUUUCAUCGUCGUCAACCGCUUCGACCAGAUCAGAGACAAGGCCAGGUGCAAGCGCCUUGUCCUCGACCAGAUCAAGCAACUCAGCCCGAGGACGUAUGAAGAUGCGGAGGACCUCGUCCACUUCGUCGACUCCAGCUCGGCACUUCAUUCGACAUCGGUCAAUGGUGCAUUUGACAAGCUCGAGUCGGAUUUGCGCUCGUUUGUGCUUGUCAAGCGCUCCAAAUCCAAGCUUCAGCCAGUCGUCACCUAUCUCGACAAUGUUCUCGCAGACGUCAGCCUGCUCGCAUCCUCCAACGCCAUUCUGGCCGAGUCGGAGCGGGAUUUGGCCCGUGCUGCCCUCGAGGUUGCUCGCCCGAUCCUCGAAAAGAUGAAAGCCAGCCGUGAGGGACUCGAGGAUGGACUGGAGAACGUCGAGGACGAUGGUGCCACCAAGGCCCGCACUCGCACCCGCGAUCGUCUCAACAAUGCUUUGGACCGCGUUGGUACGGGAAACCUCGCCGAGGAGGGUGCGAUCAGCAUGCCAGAGUACCCUGGUCUCCUCGGUGUUCUCGAAUAUACGCGUGACGUCAAAAAGGCUCUCCUCGCCUCCCUCGACUUGUCCGUCAAGCUUGCCGAGGACGAGGCGCGUCUCAUUACCUCUGCUGGUGUUGCCAAGAUUCAAGACAUGGAGGAAGUGUAUCUUCCUGAAGGUGUCGAGCGAUCCCGCCGUGUCUUUAUGCCUUCGGCCAUGUUCUCGCUCCGAGCCGCCAAAAAGGCCAAGCGCAACUCUGGCACGCUCGUCGUAGGAGGCAUUCACGGACUCGGCAUCGGUCUCGCUCAGCGCCCAGAGAUGCUCGACGUUUCCUUCUUGGACAUUAUGGACCUCCAGCACCGACUGUCCACCCAUCUCAAGGGCUCAGACGAGAGCAAGAGCGGCCUCGACUCAAACGAUGCGGCUGCUGGUGCUCUUAGCUUGGCGUCACUUGGUGUCGGUGCGCUGACGCUUGCCAGUGGCAAGGCUGUUGGACUCCGUGGUGCAUUCGAGGGCCUGGUGCGCAUCACCGACUUGUUCGGCAAUGAGACGGCGCGCAAGUGGGCUGCACCGGUGCUCGGUGCGUUCACGAUUGGGUUGACGGUGUACUUUGUGCUCGAGUUGCCCAGCACCAUUCCCAAAAAUGUUGGACGACGGAUCAAGGCUAGUCUUAUUCGUGGAGAGGAAGGACAGGAAGAGGAGCUCAAGUUUGUCAAUGCGCAUGCUACUCGCAUCUCACGCGAGACGCGCAAAGUGUUGAGAUUGGCGAGCUGGGACUUGAGGGAGAGGUUCCGUGGUGCGAUGGAGGAGCGUCAACAGGAGGUCAAGGCCAACGAGGAGCAGGAGCGUCGGGCGAUCAAGGCAUUUGAGUUCUUCGAGGCUAUGACAGGAAAGGCGGCGGAUGUCUCGGAGCUGGUUCACUCAUGA